AAGUCCACACUUUAUCCAUCAACAUGAGACUGAGCCAAGCUGACAAAGAAUUUGCAAAGUGGAUACUCGAAGUUGGUAAUGGAACAGCGCCAACUGUGGCAACAGAGGGUAGAUGUGGAGAGGAAAGUGAGCAGGUUCUAAUAGGAGAGGAGUUCAUGAUUCCGAUAUCUGAUCAUCCCCAACAGGCUAUCUCAGAAGCUGCUUAUCCAGACUUCAUAAAGAAUUACUUAAACCGGACCUAUUUAACAGAAAGAGCUAUCUUAGCACCCACAAACGCCAGUGCCAAUGAGAUCAACUCCUAUCUUCUGUCUAAGGUUCCAUCCGCAGAGAAAGAGUAUUUGAGUUCAGACAGUGUUGCUUUUGAGAGCACACCAGAGGAGGAUUUUACAAAUAAUUACACUCAAGAAUACUUAAACUCACUAGAGUUUCAAGGUUUGCCACCGCAUAAACUAUGUGUGAAGGUUGGUGCUCCUGUGAUGAUGUUGCGCAAUCUGGACCAGUAUAAUGGGCUAUGCAAUGGAACACGAAUGGUUGUUUCACGGUUGGGCCACAGAGUUCUAGAGGCUGAGCUUUUAACAGGGACUCAUGUUGGAGACAGAGUGCUUAUUCCGAGGAUACAGUUAUCCCCAACAGACAGUAUACAUCCUUUUACUUUUCGCAGAAGGCAAUAUCCAAUUAGGCUGUGUUAUGCGAUGACAAUAAAUAAGAGCCAAGGUCAGUGUCUGAAACAGGUUGCACUCUACCUUCCUAGACCAGUUUUUAGUCAUGGCCAGCUGUAUGUUGCUCUCUCACGAGUCACUACUCCAGAAGGAUUGAAGAUACUUGAUGACAGUGAAGGCACGACAAGGAAAGACGUUGUUACUAAUAUUGUCUACCGAGAGAUAUUCAGCAAUCUCCAGACCAGUAAGUCACUUACAACCAAACCCUGAUCAAUAUACUUCGACCUAAAAACAUUAUAUACGAACCUAAUCUUCACUCUGAUCGUUACAGGAACAGCAUAGGAUCCCGUCCAGUACGUAAUACCACAGAAGACAGCAACUGACGGUUUUCAUGAGAUGAUGUGGUGAACCAAUAUUUAGACUACUCUUUUUUCAAAUUGGCAGACAAUUUUUUAAGUCACAGACUCGACCAUUCUAAACACCAGAUGUUUCUUACUUUUUAUGCAACAUAUUUGUCUCGCGACCAAAUAUCUUAGUCUCGCAAAUAUCAAUUACAGUCAAAAUCCGUAGCCUAUCUAGCAAGCUCUAUAUUAAUAUUACGAGACUGUAAUAAAGACUUUGUUAGAGAAAUUUUGUUUCAGAUUUUUUUAAAAAAGUCAGUUUGUUAGAGUUUUACAAAGUUCUAGGACAUUUAAAUAAAUCCAAUAACUUUAUAAAAUAAAACCAUGAAUAAAUAAAAAAAAAUUAUGCUUACACUUUUUGGAUAAAAAUACACUCACAAUAUUCGAAUCCACCAUCAUUAAACCCGUGUGCGGAUAAAGGAAUAUUUAAUCAAUCAUACCAAAUUACUAAACCAAAAAACCAACCUUAUCAAAAUACCUUGCGGAACACGUCAAAGAAUUUAAGCAAAUCCCUACGCUCAUUCCAUAACAGAAACCGUCAAAUCUUCAUAAAAAAGGCAAGCCGGAAUCACCAAUCUGUCCUUCCGGAUCCUUUCAAUAUAGUAUUACAGUAUAAAACUAAGAAGCCGCACCGCACCCAAGAACAAAAACUAACAUAGCCCUAUCAUUUAAACAACCAUGGAAAAUCCCAGCAACUUCUCUCUCUUAGAAUCAUUACCCAGAGACUUGCGUGUGGAAAUCCUUUCACGCGUUGCAUCUUCAUCCCGGGAAGAUAUCCGCAAUUGCCUAACCCUUUCCAAAAGAAUCUCAACAUCUGUUGUAGAUGAUCAAGUCUUCAAACGCCUCAACUUGCGACCACAAGCCAUGACUCCUCUGGUCACAUAUGGCUACCACCAACUUAUGGAAAAAUGUCUCAAAAGUGGAAAUCCAGUUGCACACUUUGUCCAGGAAAGCACCACAGUGGGACUUUUCCACCUUCAAAAGUCUGCGGAAGGUCUCUAUGACAAUGCAACCUAUCUUUACGGCAUACUUAUGUUGUUUACAGGAAACCGAGUGGAGGGAAAUACGUUCUUACGUAGCCUUGGUUGGGAGACAAGCAAACGUCGAGGUGAUCGUUGCUGGCGUCAAAACAAAGUAUUUAUUACGGUGUCGUUAUAUUCUAAUAAUAGCUUAUCAAUAAUUUUAAAAUUGUCUACCAAUUUAUAUUUUAAUAAUAGUUUAUAAUAGUUUAAUAAUCAGACCAUCCUUUUAAAUCCAACACCCUAAAUAUGUUUGCUGCAAUGACUGUACUAAUAUGUUGAAAUAAACACCACGAAGAAACAGCCUCUACCUAUAUCUAUUAGAAACCCACAACAACAUAUUUUUCAAAAUCACAAACACAGACAUCCGCUUCCGCUAACUCUAUGAAAACACUUAUAAACGUUUCAAUCCACUAAAUCUGAGAAAACCAAACACCAUACAUCCUCCUCAUUAUUAUCGAAGACUGAAGAUAUUUCUAACACAAAUUGCAUGAUUUGGUUUUGCUCCGAGUCUAUAAACAUUAACAUUAACAAAGAAAAACAUUAGCUCUUCAUACAGCUGCAGAUAUAUAUUACACGGUAACAUAAAUUUGACACAAAUAAGAUUUACGAACAUAAUUACUGCACAAUAAAAUAUCAAAAAUAAGACCACACAAUUAUUCUACACAUUUUUUUUUUUAAAGAAUACCCUCAUUUAUCGACCCCAAAAUAUAAACACUUUCAUUACACUAACUUCCCCUAAAGACCAUACCCAUUUCAACACUUUUUAAACAUGACGAACCUUUCAACUACAUUUAACUAUACAUACACUCCUAACAACUAAAUACCAGAACACAAGAUUUUGAAAACUGAAUCAAAUAAAAUAUCCGACUCCGGCGCGUAACUCCGGAAAACCCCUAGUAUAAAAUAAUAGUUGAGUUUCUUCAAUUAUUUUCCUUCGUCAAGUAAAAGAAUAAAUUAAACAGCUACUUUAUUAAUCGAAACUCAAGUCUUUAAAAAUGAUGUAAUAAAAAAGUUAAAACAUUGGAAAACAAAAAUAAAAUACUUUAGCAACCGCAUUGAUGAAGCAUCAUGUGAAUGGUCGACUCAUGCUUGAUAUGGCACUCAGCUAUAGUCCAACUGUCCUCAAGCGACUUGCCUUGAAAAAUCAUCGCCUGCUGGUCCGCUGGAGUGCCAUUAAUCUCCUCCAACUUAGUCUUAACUUUUCCAAUGGUAACGGAUCUCUUAACCUGGAGGGUGUAGGUCGUGCCGUUAAGAGUCACUACAAAUAUAUACAUGGCUACUCACUACGACCCGAAGGACCAAGUCGCAAAACUAAUUCACUCAUCGGCUCCCCAUGGAUCUUAACGUCGAUAGUGUUGGAGCUAAUUCAACCUCUAAAUUUAUGCUCUUUCCCUUUAACGUCUUCAUGGAGAUCUGCAUUGCAAACGAAACUUCUCUUCUCUCUCUAACCCUCUCUUUGGGGUUGUGUUUUAUAGUACCUCAGUAGCAGAGGUAGCAUUCGUCCUUUCUCGUUCCGGAUUCAAAUUCUUUUUUGGUUCCCGGCUUACUCUAAGCUAGACAAAAUCCCUUCUUUCAAAGUCACUAGAAAGAUAAUAAAAGAAUCAAAAGGUCUAAUGAGCUAACCAAUCCUCCUAUCCUAUGGAAAUGCUUUCUUAAACUCUGAUUGCUCUUGCCGACUCGGAACGAAGAGUUAGAGGUGAAAAUAAGUCAUUCUUUCUUAUUGGCUUCUCUCCAGGUGGGUCACCCAGAGCGAGGGAUGUUAAUAAGUCACUAACUACAGUGCCAAA